ACGCCCAUAGAUCUAAAAUGGCUACCAAGGAAGAGGUCGAGAAGAAAUUGAUGAGUAAACAACUCGAAGAGAAAAAAGGUGAAGGUGAGACAGAAGAUCAGAAGGAGAAAGAUGUAAAAAGAAAGAGAGAGAUAGACGAAAAAGAGCUUGAAAGACUCGCCGUAGAGAAGCUGCUAAGUGAAACAAAGAGAAAUAAGAUGAGGGCAGAUAGAGAAGGAGCUAGCGGAUGGUAUGAUUUCCCACGGCCUAAGGCAAACAAGAGGUUUGCCCGGGCAGUUAUAAAAUCAGCAGUUUUAGGUAAUAGUAUUUCAUCAAAGAAUAAGAAGACUGAAUAAAAAGAACAAGAGAAGAAAGAAAGA